AUGUCAACAAUUUUAAAACAAUUACCAAAUUUCCCAACACAACCAAAAUUAAUCCCCGUUUUAACAUUUAAUUUGAAAUUAAAAUCAGAUCCACAACAUAUUUAUACAAAUACCAAAAUAGAUAAAACAUUAAAUUUAGCAACUAUAGAAAAUGGAGAAAUUAAAUCAAUUGAUAAUGAAUUUGGUUUCCAAUUACUAGUUAAUGAAAUUUUUGGUACUGAUGAUUUAAAUAUUAAUAUAUCAAUAAAUACUGCUUAUUUAGAUUGUAAAUUAUAUGGGAAAACCCCCAAUGGAUCAGGUGUUAAAGUGAAUUAUGGAGGUAGAGUACAAUUAACUAAACCAUCGGUUGAUGUUAUCACCAAUAAAUCAAAAGAAGCUACAAUUGAUGAAAGUUUUGUUACUUGUAAUCCUUCAUUUAUAUUUGAUGAUUCUGUUGAAGAAGAAUUUAAAUGGGUUUUAAAAGAAAAUUUAAUUGGGAAAGGUAGAUUUGCUAGAGAUGAUGAUGAUAAUCUUUAUGUUCAAUAUUAUAUUUAUGUAAUUAGAUAG